ACUCAUUAUACAGGAGCAGGUAACUCUGAAAGUUCGCUCCGUUCCAUUAUUAUUAGCAGACUUCUUUCUCUCUCUCUCUUUCUUUACUGCUUAUAGAAGAAACUGUUCUAUUAUUACAUAAUUAUCUCAUUCAGCAUCGGUUAUUUCUUUUCUUUCAGGUAUUUCAGAAGGGAAGAAUAUCUGAUUUGAAUCAUGACGAUCUACCAGGCUUUGCAAUUUCAUGGCAAGAACUUACUCAAACACAAUCUAAAAUUAAUUUGCAGCAAUUAUCGCCAUGUCUCUGUAACCUGUGACAUUCCCUCUAGAAUUGCACGACCACGUAAAGCUCAUCUUGUGUUGCAAGAUGGAAGCUAUUUCCAAGGAUAUUCAUUUGGUCAUGAAAGUUCUAGCAGUGGAGAAGUUGUAUUCAAUACAGGUCUUGUGGGAUAUCCUGAAGCCCUUACAGACCCAAGUUAUCGAGGACAAAUAUUGACAUUGACAUAUCCAAUCGUCGGCAAUUACGGAGUCCCAGACACCAAUAUUAAGGAUGAGAAUGGACUAAUGUUGAAUGUUGAAUCUGAUCGCAUCCAUGUUUCUGGUUUGAUUGUACAAGAUUAUUCCCACCAACACAGCCACUGGAAUUCAGUCAAAUCACUCUCCCAGUGGCUUAAAGAAGACAAAGUACCAGCCUUGUAUGGUAUUGAUACCAGGAUGAUAACUAAGAAGGUUCGCGACAUGGGUACAGUCUUAGGAAAGAUUGAAUUUGAAGAUCAGCCUGUGGAAUUUAUUAACCCAAAUACUCGAAACCUGAUGGCAGAAAUCUCAACAAAUGUAGUAAAAUACUAUGGAAAAGGGAAUCCUUAUAAGAUUCUGGCUGUUGAUUGUGGCAUUAAGCACAACAUGAUUAGAAGUUUGAUCAAACGAGGAGCAGAAGUAAAGUUGGUCCCUUGGGAUUAUGAUUUUUCUCAAGAUACUUUUGAUGGUUUAUUUAUUUCUAAUGGCCCUGGAGACCCAACAAUGAGCACAGAGACAAUCAAAUAUCUGAAAGAGUUCCUGAAGCAAAAUAGACCAGAGCCACUCUUUGGAAUCUGUAUGGGAAACCAACUGACUGCUUUAGCGGCUGGUGCUCAGACUUAUAAGUUGGCACUUGGAAAUCGUGGCCAUAACCAACCUGUUGUGAAUGUUCUAACUAACCAGGCAUUUAUCACAUCACAGAACCAUGGCUUUGCCAUUGAUAGUAAUUCUCUGCCAGAAGACUGGAAAGUUUUGUUUGUCAAUGCCAAUGACAAAAGUAACGAGGGUAUUAUGCACACAUCACGUCCUAUAUUUACGGCCCAGUUCCAUCCUGAAGCUUGGGGAGGUCCAACAGAUACAGAGUUCCUAUUCGACUAUUUCCUUGAACUUGUCAAAACUCAGCAGCCCUCUGUGUACCAUAUUUUGAAACCAGCACCUAAAGCUCAACCUCCUGUAAAGGUCAAUAAAGUACUUGUAUUGGGCAGUGGUGGACUGUCUAUUGGUCAAGCUGGAGAGUUUGAUUAUAGUGGCUCUCAAGCUGUGAAGGCUCUAAAGGAAGAGGACAUUCAGACCGUACUGAUGAAUCCUAACAUUGCUUCAGUACAGACGAAUGCCGAAGGGGCAAAACAGGCAGAUAUUGUUUAUUUUCUGCCAAUCACAGCAGAGUUUGUGACAGAGAUCAUUAAAAGGGAGCGUCCUGAUGGUUUACUACUUUCCAUGGGAGGUCAAACAGCACUGAACUGUGGAGUGGAGUUGUAUCGUAAUGGUAUUUUGAAAGAAUAUGAUGUGAAGGUACUUGGUACGCCCGUUGAAUCAAUUGAGGCAACUGAGGAUCGCCAGAUUUUUGCAGACAGAUUGAUAGAAAUCAAUGAGAAAUUAGCCCCCAGCUUUGCUGUGGAAAAUUUGAAAGAUGCAUAUAAUGCAGCAGAAACCAUUGGAUAUCCUGUUAUGGUGAGAGCUGCCUAUGCUCUUGGAGGUCUUGGCUCUGGAGUAUGCUAUGACAAGCAGUCUUUAAAAGCUGUUGUGAACCAUGCUCUGGCAGUGACAAAACAAGUUCUUAUUGAGAAGUCUCUGCUCGGCUGGAAAGAAGUUGAAUAUGAAGUAGUACGUGAUUGUCAAGACAAUUGUAUUACAGUUUGCAAUAUGGAAAACUUUGAUCCACUUGGUGUACACACAGGUGAUUCCAUUGUUGUUGCUCCCAGCCAAACCUUAUCCAACCAAGAGUAUCAUAUGCUGCGGGAGACGGCCAUUAAAGUUGUCCGACACUUUGGCAUUAUUGGAGAGUGCAAUAUUCAGUAUGCUCUUCACCCAACAUCAUUGGAGUACUGCAUUAUUGAAAUCAAUGCUCGUCUUUCUCGAAGUUCUGCUUUGGCUUCUAAGGCCACUGGGUAUCCAUUAGCAUUUAUUGCUGCCAAACUAGCUCUGGGUAUUCCUUUGCCCAGUCUUGAAAACAAAACAACCCAAAUGACAACAGCCUGCUUUGAGCCAAGUUUAGAUUACAUCGUUACCAAAAUUCCUCGCUGGGACCUUGAUCGUUUCCAAAACAUGUCCAAUGAGAUUGGCAGUUCAAUGAAAAGUGUCGGUGAAGUGAUGUCAAUUGGACGGACAUUUGAAGAAAGUCUACAGAAAGCUCUUCGGAUGACACACCCUUCCAUUGAGGGAUUUAGCCCCAAGCUGCCUGCAGGUAAGACCUAUCCACCUGAGUUUGAUCUUGAAGCAAAUCUGAGGGUGCCAAACAACACUAGGAUUCAUUCAAUAGCAAAGGCAUUCCAUGCUGGUUACAGUGUUGAAGAUGUGCAUCAGUUGACACAAAUUGAUCGGUGGUUCCUGCACAAACUCCUGAGUGUUGUCAACUUAGAGAAAGAUCUUGCUUCAUAUUCAAAGGAUACUAUUGAUGAAGAAAUGCUGAGGCUGGCAAAACAAGCUGGUUUUUCUGAUAAGCAAGUUGGAAAUGUGUGGGGAAUCAAUGAAGAUGAAGCUCGAGGGCUGCGAAUCAAGAAAAAUAUAAUACCCUGGGUUAAACAGAUUGAUACAAUGGCAGCUGAAUACCCUGCAAAAACCAACUAUCUGUAUUGUUCUUACAAUGGAAUGGAACAUGAUCUUCAAUUUGGAGAUCUUGGAACAAUGAUUCUUGGAUGUGGUCCAUAUCAUAUUGGCAGCAGCGUAGAAUUUGACUGGUGUGCAGUAUCUGCUAUCCGGUCCCUCAAAGAAGCUAAUCGCAGCACCAUUGUCAUCAACCAUAACCCUGAGACUGUAAGUACUGACUUUGAUGAAUGUGACAAAUUGUAUUUUGAAGAACUCUCUCUUGAACGUGUACUUGAUAUUUACCAACAUGAGAACUGUAACGGCAUCAUUGUUUCUGUUGGUGGUCAAGUCCCUAAUAACCUUGCCCUCCCACUCUACAAUCAUAAUGUGCAUAUAUUUGGUACAAGCCCUUUGAUGAUAGACAAUGCUGAGAAUCGAUCUGUUUUCUCUGCUAUCCUUGAUGAAUUGAAUGUAGACCAACCAGAAUGGCGAUCCCUCAGCUCAUUGGAUGAGGCACUGGAUUUUGCCGCCAGCGUUGGUUACCCAUGUCUAUUACGUCCGUCUUACAUACUGAGUGGUUCAGCCAUGAAUGUAGCUUAUGAACCAGAGGAGUUAGAGACAUACCUACAACAGGCAACUCAAGUGUCAAAGGAGUAUCCAGUGGUCAUCACAAAGUUUAUUGAAGGAGCUAAGGAGAUUGAAAUGGAUGCUGUAGCUGACCAUGGUCAUGUUGUUAGCCAUGCAAUCUGCGAACAUGUUGAAAAUGCUGGAGUCCAUAGUGGUGAUGCUACCCUCAUUCUACCCACACAAAGCAUUUCAAAAGAAGUCCUGAAAAAUAUCCGAGAAUCAACUGCCAAAAUUGCCAAAAGAUUUGAAAUCACAGGUCCAUUCAAUAUUCAAUAUAUUGCCAGUGAAAAUUCAGUCAAGGUGAUUGAAUUGAAUCUUCGUGCUUCCAGGUCAUGUCCCUUUGUUUCCAAAACAAUUGGUACUGACUUUGUAGCCACAGCCACAAAAGUUAUGACCAAUCUUCCUAUUGAAAGGAACCAUUUGCCCAGUCUAGAUAACCCUAUGGAUCCCAAAACAUAUGUAGGCAUAAAGGCGCCCAUGUUUUCUUGGCCCCGUUUGAGGGAUGCUGAUCCUUUGCUGAAGUGUGAAAUGGCUUCCACAGGUGAAGUUGCUUGCUUUGGGUCAACGAAGUACACUGCCUUCCUGAAAGCUAUAAUGUCUUCUGGUUUCAAAAUGCCACGUCAAGGGAGUAAUGUAAUGAUUGGUGUACAACAUUCUUUCCAUUCUAAUUUUCUUCCAUUGGCCAAAAAGCUUUCAGAUCUGGGAUACAAGCUGUUUGCAACUGAUGCAACUGCACAUUAUCUGAAUGCACACAAGAUAAACACACAAGCAGUUUCUUGGGCUUUGACUGGAAAUGAAACAGAAGAUCUUCCUGUAGCUACAAAAAUGAUCCAAGAUGGAGAAAUCGACCUGGUAAUCAAUCUGCCUAACCAUCAAACAAAAUACAUCAAGGACAAUUACCUCAUCAGACGAGCAUCCAUAGACAGUGCUGUUCCUUUGAUAACGAACUUUGAGGUUGUCAAGCUGUUGGUUGAGGCACUCGACUAUGUUGGUGAUAUGAAAGCUACAAGCCUGUUUGAUUACCGCAACCCAAAAGCAAAACAGAGACAAGCCGAUUAGCUGACUAAGAACAAAAUCUAACUCUUCUCAAACAUAUCACUAUAUGGAUUUGCUCAAGCUAUUGAAUGUCAGGGACACAACUUAAAAUACACAGCUAUUCUUUUCCUAAACUUGAUAAACUGUUUUUAAAUUCUACUUUAAGAACACAGCUCCAAUAUCCUAUGUAUUAUAUAUAACAAAAAAUAAGUAUGAAGAAAAUCAUAUCUUUAUUUUAGAUCUCACCUUAUAAAUCCGACAAUUGUUUCAAUUACAUUAACAUACAUUCAUACAUAUAUAUAUAUAUAUAUAUAUAUAUAUAUAUACAUACACACAUACAUGUACAUAUUUAUAUAUAGAAAAUAUCAUUAAAUAAUAAUAUCCUUGAAAAUAUAUAUUAAUACAACAUUAUCAAGGUUAUCCAAAAUUAAUGAAAUUCCAACUGAAUAUCUGAAAAAAUUAGCAGUUAAUAAACACUAAGAAAAAGAAAUGCCUAAAUUGAAUUCAACCUAAGACAUUCCUUCAUUCAACUCGUCAUUACAUUGUUGGAUAAUGAAAUUGUUUUAUAAAAAAUAAAAAUGAAAUAAAAAAUAGAUGUAUUUAAGAAAAGUCAUUCAACUAUUGGUAACAUCAGUGAAUGAUGAAAUCAAAAUAAAAAAAUACAAAUAAGAAUUCUACAUUAUGACAAUUAGAAAUCAACAUAGAAAAAUAACCUAAAACAGUAUUUUUGUAUACAAUUUUUAAUGUCACUGGAUAACUAAAGAAUUCUACAUAAUGCUUUAAUAGAAACUUUGAUACUUUACAUCACAAUAUUUAGCUAUUUACUCAUUAUAUUAAACCUUUUGUAAGAAUUAAUCUUAUUAUAUAAUAAUUGAAAAAUUAUUAUAAUUAAACAUUUGAGUAUCUUUCUAAAUUUAUGGCAACAUCUUAAUGUAAAGUGUCUGUUAAAAUUCAAUAAAAUUACUUUAGAGGUAAUUAUAUAAUACAUUUUUUCAAGGUAAAAAUCACAUGUAGGAUUACCAAUAUUGUAUUAUGGACCACUUUAAAUCAGUCUUAACGUUCUUAUCCUUUAAAUCCCAAAUGCAUUUACUAAGAUUUGUAGAAAUACUUUUUCUUCUAUGCUCAAAGGAAUUAGAAUGAUAAUAAAAUCUAGAUUUCCAUAUUGUGGCAGAUGAACCAAUAUAAUAAUACUUACUAUCUCCAGUUACCUUACACUGAUAUACUAUAUUUUUCUUUAAACACUGAUUUUCUAAAAGACAUAGUUUUAUUUAGACAUUUACACUUGUAUUUGGUACUCAUAAUUGAAAGAUUUUCCACAAGUACUCCUCUGCAAAUUAGGUGGGAUUAUUAUUAUUACAAUUAAUAUUAAUGAAAGCCUAACUGUUUUAUCAGAGUUGUGAUCAGUUAUAGAACUGAGACAUUGUUCAGAAAGAUAUCAUUAAAGUUAAUUCCACUAUACACAUUAUCUGUUCUACUUUUAUUUAUAGAUUUAAAAUUUAGAUAUUCCCUAAUUUUCUGUUUAUUGUGUGCUGCAAUAAUCCCAGCUAAAUUACUAGUGACUGAAUACGAAAACUCUACACUAUAUCUAUUAAAUAAUUUCUCAUAUUUACUUGAAGGCAGGAAAUACCUAUCUAGUGCUGCAAAUAAAUUUAUGAGGGAUAUUAGAAGCUAUUGAAUAUGAGAAUAGAGCAUACCAUAUAUUUGUUAUUAAUAUAUACUUCUUUGUCAGAUUACCUUUAUUAAAAUUGAAUUUUUUCCUAUUGUAAUUUUUAUUCCUAAAUUUGUUACUACUAUUAUCAUUAAUAUUCAUACCAACCACAUGUUUAGUAUCUAUAGAUUAAUACCUAUACUUAAUAAUAUGUCCAUUUUCAAUACCUAGUUUAUUGUCUAUCACAUUUGUAUCAUUAUUGCUCUUUCUUUUAUUUAGCUUGUUAAAAAGAUUGUUUAAUGCAUUUAUUUCUAUCUAACUACUUAGUUUUAUUAGCCUCCCUAUUAAUUUUCACCUUAUUGAAAAUUCUAUCAUUUUCUGGAAUUUUAUUAUUAUGAUUCUGGAUAUAGUAAAUUUUGUUUUUAUAUCCAGCUUCAAAUAAUGCAUGGUUCUAGUAAUUUUUAUUUUUAUUUAAAUACAUCCUCAAUAGCCAAAAGCCUCGAAAUAAGAGUAGAUAUAUUUUUAAUGAUAGAAUUUAUUAUGCUCCUUGGAUGAUUAGAAUUUUUAUUUACAUAUCAUAAGCAUUCAUUAGGCUUAUGAUAAGGUUGGUAUAGCUCAUCACUUAAAUCAAGAGUAAUAUCAUGGAAGUUAACCUUAGUAUAGACAUUUUCUAUAGUGAUAGAAAGAUCAAGACACUUAAAUAAUUUUGAAAGAUUUUUUCCAGACCUUUCUAAAUUAACUGUAUUAGAACUAUGUAUUGUGAAAAGAGCAUCAUCUCUAUAUAAUCCACCUCCCAAUUCAGGAAAUUCAUUAUCUGUACAUUAUAUUUUUAUAAAACAAUUUCAUUAUCCAAUGAAGGAGUGUUUUGGGUUGAAUUGAAUUUAAGCGUUUCUUUUUGUUAGUGUUUAUUAACUGCUAAUUUUUUCAGAUGUUCAUGUUAUAUUAACAUGUAUUUUUAAGGAUAAUGUUAAUUUUAAUGAUCUUUUCUAUAUAUAUAUAUAAAUAUGUACAUGUAUGCAUGUGUGUAUGUAUAUAAUGUUAAUGCAAUUGAAACAAUUGUUGGAUUUAUAAGGUGAGAUCAAAAAUAAAGAUAUGAUUUUCUUUGUAUGUAUUUUUUUGUUGUUAAAUACUUUGAAUUUCUCAAAUUUCUGCAAAAGGAUUGUUGGAUUUACCUGGGAUAUGUAUUCUACUUACAUUUACUGGUAUCUGAUUAAACAUUUAACCAAGUUCUUUUAAUACUGAGUUCUUUAUUGAUAUCUGCCAGAAUUUUUUAAAAUCUUAUUUUUUUCUUUAAGUAAGAAACUCAGUAUAGACACAGUAUGGAACAUCAGAUUUGAACAAAUAAACUUUGCUGCAUAUAUUAAUUUAUCUCCUAUUUAUACAUCCAUCCACAUGUGUUUUUACCUGUCAGUCUAGUUGCACCAUGUGUGACCUCCCGACACCACCAACAGACUCCAACAGUCUGUAUCUGUAGCUCAGGUAACCUUAGCGAGUCAACUUGCUUGGAGCAGAAGAAACAGUAGUUACAGAAAUCAGAAGAGUUGACAAUAGCAAACAAAACCAUUGAGUAUUAGCAAACUACAAGAACUUUAAUUAAGAGGUAAAUAAACAUUUAUGGAAUAAA